AACAGAUCAUAGCCUCAUAGAUUUAGAACUAGAAAGGGUCUUCCAGUUGAGUUCCAUUGAGUUUGACCCUUCUCUUUUAUAUGUCAGGAAACUGAGGCACAGGAAGUUGUUUUUUUUUUGAUGACUUACCCAAUGGCCAGGGCUCAUGUGGAGGAAUCCAGAGUCCCAUAAUGCUUCCAUCAUCCCAGGCUCCAUGAACCAUACAAACUCUCUUGGACCCAUCUGAAUGGGUUUGGUGGGGACGGGAAGGGGAGAGAUGAGCAGGAAGUUCUGGUCACUGAACCCUUGGUCUCUCAGGUGUCCUCGGGUAGAUGUCUCCCCCUUCUCCCUCCCUUUCCAGAUUUUCCAGCACAUUAUCCGCCGGGAGGUGACAGAUGAGGAUGCAAGGCACCUGUCCCGCAAGUUCAAGGACUGGGCGUACGGGCCCGUGUACUCAUCUCUCUAUGACCUGUCCUCGCUGGACACCUGUGGCGAGGAGACCUCGGUUCUUGAGAUCCUUGUAUAUAACAGCAAGAUUGAGAACCGCCAUGAAAUGUUAGCUGUGGAGCCAAUCAAUGAGCUGCUUCGGGACAAGUGGCGAAAGUUUGGGGCCGUCUCCUUCUACAUCAGCGUCGUUUCCUACCUGUGUGCCAUGAUCAUCUUUACUCUCACUGCCUAUCACCAGCCCCUGGAGGGCAUUCCCCCGUAUCCAUACCGAACAACGGUGGACUACUUACGGCUUGCUGGAGAGAUCAUCACCCUUUCCACUGGAGUUAUAUUCUUCCUCUCUAGUAUCAAAGACCUUUUCAUGAAGAAAUGCCCUGGGGUGAAUUCUCUCUUCAUUGAUGGCUCCUUCCAGCUGCUCUACUUUAUUUAUUCGGUGUUGGUGAUAAUUUCUGCUGCUCUGUACCUGGCGGGGAUUGAAGCCUACCUAGCGGUCAUGGUCUUUGCCUUAGUCCUAGGCUGGAUGAAUGCACUCUACUUUACUCGGGGCUUGAAGCUAACAGGGACCUACAGCAUCAUGAUCCAGAAGAUCCUGUUCAAAGACCUUUUUCGUUUCCUCCUGGUCUAUCUCCUCUUCAUGAUUGGCUAUGCUUCAGCUCUGGUCUCACUGCUGAACCCAUGCCCCAGCAGCCCAGUGUGCACUGAGGAUCACAGCAACUGCACAGUCCCCAGCUACCCAUCCUGCCGGGACAGCCAGACUUUUAGCACCUUCCUCCUGGAUCUCUUCAAGCUGACCAUUGGAAUGGGCGAUUUAGAGAUGCUAAGCAGUGCCAAGUACCCCGCAGUCUUCAUCAUCUUGCUGGUUACCUACAUCAUCCUGACCUUUGUUCUGCUACUGAACAUGUUAAUCGCCCUUAUGGGGGAGACAGUGGGCCAGGUGUCCAAGGAGAGCAAGCACAUCUGGAAGCUUCAGUGGGCCACCACCAUCUUGGACAUUGAACGUUCUUUCCCGGUGUUUGUGAGGAAGGCAUUCCGCUCUGGGGAAAUGGUCACUGUGGGGAAGAGCUCGGAUGGCACACCAGACCGGAGAUGGUGUUUCAGGGUUGAUGAAGUGAACUGGUCUCACUGGAACCAAAAUCUGGGCAUCAUUAAUGAGGAUCCUGGCAAGAAUGAGACUUAUCAGUACUAUGGCUUCUCCCACACUGUGGGCCGUCUCCGACGGGAUCGCUGGUCCACGGUGGUGCCCAGGGUUGUUGAGCUGAACAAGAAUGCCCAGUCAGAGGAUGUGGUGGUACCAUUGGAUCAUGUGGGCACCUCUGCUGCCUCUGCCCCAAGACAGAGCUACCCUCAUAACUGGAGGACAGAAGAUGCCCCACUCUAACGGGGCUCUGCGAGCCUAGGGGAGGAGCCCAGCCACUGACUCAAGCAUUUGCCAAUGGCUGGUUGGCAUGGAAAGGACAGAGGGCUUCUUUGCCGCCAGCCUAACCUGUUGGCUCCUGCCUAGCCCUAGCUCUUUUACCUGGAUGGCCUCUAUUGGUACUCUCUUUGUGCCAGCCCAGGAUUUGCCAGCAUAUCCCAGGGAAGCUUCCAUAGUGGUUUCCUGGCCCUGAAAAAGCCUUUUGUUGACUCCAAAGAUGCCCAGAGUAAGAGAGGUCCACAAUGCCUUGGAUUGGACAGAGGGAGUAUGUCAGAGUGCUGAAUGGUAUUAUCUCUGGCACAGUCAACCAGGGCUGUGUGGAAGGUCAGACCAUGGCACAAUGGAAAGAAAGUUGGGAUAUGAGGUGGGAGCUUCUGGGUAUGCUCCUUGGCUCUGAUAUUUUCUAAUGGUUCUUGGAUAAGUCAGUUCCCAUCGUUGGGUCCCAGGUUCCUUCUCUGUAAAAUAAGAUGACCUCUGCAGGCUCUUCCAGAUGUAAACCUUGUCAGCCUAUGACCCUCUCUUGUUCACUUGUGACCCCUGACCCAUGUUUGUACACACUCCCAUGAGACCCUGGGCAUGGCAGCUAAGAACAGACAAGGAAAAGAAGGUAAAUGGUUUUAAGUGCAGGACAGAGAUGAAAGGCUCUCAGCCCCUUUUGGCCCUGGAAGAGACCUACCUCCCUCAGUCUCCUCUUACUCCCAUGGAGUUAUAUAGGUCAGUAUGGCGUGGCCAGUAGAGAAGGGACACUUUGUCCCCAAGUCAGCUACAGGGAGACAUUCAAUCCCCCCAACCCCACUGCCCCUGCCUCUGCCCCAGAUCUGGUCAGACUCUCAUUACAUUAUUUAUUUGUUCUUCUCUAGCUCAGGAAGGAAUUUCAUGGCUAAAGGGCAGGGUGACUUUGCCCUCCAUGGAGGCUCAGAAAAUGUUCCCAGUCCCAGGGCCAAGUUCGACCCUCUGCUACCAAUCCCACAUUCCAGCAUCCACCUGCCAACAUGGCAUGAACACAACCAAUGGCUUUGCUUAAGAGCUAGGGAACUUCAGAGGGCAAAGACUGUGUCCUCUGUACAUUCUAGAUGAUGCCUGGGACGAUGUGGGCAGGUACUCAAUAAAUAUUAGUUUAUGA